AUGUUGUCAGAAAGGACAAGGAGGUUCUUUCACUUCAAACGAAACCCAGCAUCCAAAACCAAGUUGUUGAGAGAGAGAGAGACUGACAACGAAUGUCUACAGAAAGCCGUUUCUUCUCCACCUCUCAGUUCUCUUAGAAACUUGUCUGCUCAAAUGAAUUUAGAAAACAAGACAAGUGCUACAUUAGAUCCUUUUCAUGUCACUAAAACAGCUUUAAGUGGCUCCCAACAGACUGAUAAAGAUACAUCCUCCCCUCUUCCCUCUGCUUUGCAAGCUACAACUGCGUCCAAAACUGAGAUCCAGAAGACUUCAAUUGCAAGAUUAACUGAAAGAUUUGUAGCACGAGUGCCUACUAUCUCAAGACCUUCAAAAAAACACGUACCUGGCAGCUUUGAAAAAGCAAGACUUCGGUUUGCACAUGCAGAAACUGUAGUCCCGUUCUCAUGUCUGCUUGGUUUAUUUCUUGAAGGGUCUGAGUUUGACAAAACCCAGAAGGAGAUACCUUUGGCGUUUCCUCCAAAGCCUCCACAGAAAAGAAAAUGGAGGGGUAACACUGUGGCUCCUUUUGCUGGUAACAACAUGCUGGUACUGUAUAGUUGUCCUGCGCCAGACAAAUCUAGAAGCAAGCACUUUGUGCAAGUGCUGCACAAUGAACACCCCAUUCCAAUGCCGGGUUGUCAUGGUUCUGAUUUCUGUCCAUUUGAAGUAUUCAAGGAAAAAAUAGUUGCUCCUCAUCGGAAGCAUGACUAUGAUACUGUCUGUAAUGCAAAGCUAGAGCAGAAGCCCUAUCGCAGCAAGAUUCUCCAAAUACUUCAGUGGUUUUUUCAACUAGGGAAAGGUGACAAGUACCCCAAAGAUGAAUUUUAG